AUGGAUAUCUUGGAUAAAGCAAAUCACAGUAUAUCAAAUCGUGGAAGAAAAGGAUAUAUAUUUGAAGUUGAUUUGGAAUAUCCUUCCAACCUAUGGGAAACACAUAAUGACUAUCCACUUGCACCUGAGAAGAUGAUUGUUAAUGGUGUUGAAAAACUAAUUUGUCAUUUUAAACCAAGAAAGAACUAUGUUGUACAUUAUCGAAAUUUGAGGCAAUAUCUUGAGAUGGGAAUGAGAAUAACUGCUGUUCACAGAGGAAUAUCAUUUUACCAAUCUUCUUGGAUGGAACCUUACAUAAGAAAAAAUACAGAACUUCGAAAAACAGCAGCCAACAGUUUUGAGAAAGACUUUUUUAAGUUAAUGAAUAAUUCAAUAUUUGGAAAAACAAUAGAAAACAUAAGAAAAAGACAAAAUAUAUUUAUUAUUGAUGAUCGUAAGAAAGCUUCAAAAUUAACAAGUCGUCCUAACUUUGAUAGAGCAACAAUAUUUGAUAAAAAUCUUAUUGCGGUUCAUAUGAAAAAAACCGAAGUUUAUUUCAACAAACCAGUAUAUGUUGGACAAGAAUACUUGAUCUGUCAAAAACAUUAAUGUUUGUUUUUCAUUACAACUAUAUUCAAGAGAAGUAUAAAGACAAGGCUGAGUUAUUGUUUACAGAUACCGAUUCGAUGAUUUACCAGAUUCAUACAGAUGAUUUUUAUAAAGAUAUAUCCUAUGAUAUUCAAACCAAGUUUGACACCUCUGAUUAUCUUCCUAAUCAUCCAUCUGGUAUUCCAACAGGAGUUAACAAAAAAGUAAUAGGAAUGUUUAAAGAUGAAGUAGCAGGAAAACAGAUUACUUGUUUUGUUGGAUUGCGACCCAAACUUUAUAGUUUUAGAAUAGAAGAAGAUAAAGAGGUAAGAAAGUGUAAAGGAAUAAAGAAAAAAUGUUGUAAAAAAGACAAUGGAUUUUGAUGAUUAUGUUGAUUGUUUAUUUUUGGGUAAAAAGCAAAUGAGAACUAUGAAAAUAAUAAGAAGUGAAAAUCAUGAUAUAUAUUCAAAAGAAGUAAAUAAAAUAGCUCUGAGUAAUGAAGAUGAUAAACGCAUGGUGAUGUUUAAUAAGAUAAAAACGAUUGCUUUAAGAUAAUAAGAUAUUAAUAAUAAGAUAUUAAUAAUAAAUGAGUUAUACAGAAGAAGAAAUAGAAAAAUAUUUAGAAAUAUUAAGAAGUUAUAAUACCCAACCAGAAGAGAAAGAAAAUAAAAAAGUUAGAUGUAGUAAUUGUCAAAGCGAUAGUUUCUCUAUUGAAUCAGGUUAUAACAUUUGCGAUUCUUGCGGUUUAACUAAUGGUCAUGUUCUUGGUUAUUUUGACUUGAAAGAGUACGAUCGAUUUCAUUUUCGAAAGAAGAGUAUUUAUCAGAGAAAGUACCAUUAUGAGAAAAAGGUUAAUCAAGUUUCCAGAAGACUACAUCUAUCUGAUGAACAAAAGUGUGAACUUUACAAUAAACUAAUGAAUAUAGAUAACCACGUCAUGGAAAUACUAAACAAACAAUUUUGUAGAAAGAGAAUGGUAAGCAUUUUUUAUUUAAUCAAAAAACUUUUGGAAGAAAUGGGUUGUGAAAAGAGUAAACUAGUUUAUCUUAAGAUUUCACCACAGACUUUGGAAAAUUAUGAAAAGUGGUGGAAUAGUUAUAAAUCACUCCACGACUCCUCUGUGGAAAAACCAGUAAACAAUUCCAGUUAGAUAGCCAAGUACUUCACAUUCUUUAAAUGGUGUGUUGAUUGCAUAAACGCAUCCUCUUCCAAUUCUAUAAUGUUUCCAGAAAGCUCUAAAAGCGAGACUAAAUAUUAAGUGAUUGGUUAGUAUGUUUGAGUUUGAAUCGAGGUAGUGUCUCGCUUCUGUUAGUUUAUAAAUAAUUUGGUUUAUAUCUAGUUUCUGUGAAAAAUACUUUACAUAGAGAAACUGGUAAACAAGACAAGCUUUAAUAAAGUUAUCAGAAUAAAACUGUGUUUUAUAAGUUGGAAAGUAGAAAUUAACAUAAGCUACAAUUGUACUAAUCAUUUUCUAUUUAAUGAUUAGAUAUAAAAAGAAUUAAAGAUUUAAUUAUAAUAACUAAAAAUGAGUAUUGUUAUUUCAGAAGUAUCACUAAAAAAAGAAGGUAAAUUAUUACUUGAAAGAUUAAGAAAUUUUAUUAAAGAAUUUAAAGAUUUUUUUAGAACAGAUUUUUCUGAGGAAUUUUUUGAAACAAUUAAGGAAAUGAAAGAGGAUCUUAAUAUAGCAGAGUCGGUUGCAAUACAUGAACAAUUAAAAAGAGAAGGCAAACCACUUGGUGAUACUUUAUUUUGGUAUCAUGAUUAUGAAGCAUAUACUAAAGAUAAAUCAAAAGAUAAAAAGACUAGACUUAUAGAAAGAGCUCCUUCUAGAUUUUUUACACCUGAUUUGGAAAGUAUUGUAAGAAUAUUAGAAUUAGUAAAUAUAGAUAUGGAAAUUUAUGAAGAUUUAUACUUUGAUACAAAAUAUUUUUUAAAAAAAAUAUGAAUUUUAUCAAGAAUUAAAUGAGGUUAGUAGAUUGGAAUAAAAUAUAGUUACCAUUUUCUAUUUAAAUUUAAAUAGAAAAUUAAUAAAGGUUUAAAGAAAUAAAAAUAUAAAUAAAAUGCUUCAAAAAACAUUUAUUAACAAUCAACUUGCAAUUAAGUUCAAUUCUUAUAUUGAUUACAAAUUAAGGGUCUGGUUCAAAGCCAAAGAAGUUGCUCAAAUACUUGGGUACAAAAAACAGAACAUGCUAUAAAAAGACAUUUAAGUGAAAAUAAUAAAAGAACUUGUUUGAGCUGCCCCCCUGAAACGGGGGGUCAGGUAUUUAAAGAUAAAAAAAGCUGCCCGCCUGAAACGGGCGGUCAGGUCCAAGGCAGAUGGAUUAUAUUUAUCAACGAAGCAGGAUUUUACGAAUUAGUUUUUAAAUCCAGAUUACCAUCUGCAAAAAUGUUUCGUGAGUGGACAUUUACUAAGGUAUUACCAUCUAUCCGCAAAUUUGGCUAUUAUAGAAUGAUAGAUUGUAAAAAACAAAAAGUAAUAUUUAAAGGCGUAAAAUACUAAACAUCCUGUCUUUACUAGUUAUGCUGCAAAUAAAAAUGGUGAUAUUUUAGUUUAAAAUCUAACAAAAUUUUAAGUAUGUUAAAAGGAAGUAAUGGUUAUUUACAUUUUGGAUUGUGUGAUGAAAAACUCGAAAAACCAAAGUCUUAUCUUCAUCAUAGAUUUGUUUAUGAAGUUUUUAAGGGGUUAAUAACAUCAUGUUUUGAAGUUGAUCACAUCAAUAAUGUUAGGACAGACAACAGAAUAAAAAACCUGCAACUACUUACACCUCAACAAAAUUGUGAAAAAAGUAAUAAUAGACCAAUUAUUUCUACAAAUAUAAAAACUGAAAAAGAAAAAAGAUAUAUUUCUAUUAAAGAAGCUGCGAUUGAAUUAGAUAUUAGUGGUGGUAAUAUUUCCCGAGUUUGUAGAAAAAAAUGUACAUUUUUAACAUCUAAGAAAGAUGGAUAUAAGUACUCGUUUAGAUACUUAGAUUAGAUUUCAAUAUUGUUUUAAUAUUGAAACCUGGAUUUUAUAAACUUGUAUUAAAAUCUAAAUUAGAAACUGCAAAAAUGAUUAGAGAAUGGGUAAAUAUAUAUUAGUUAGCAGUUUAAUCUUUAAACCCUUUUUCUUGAUCUUGAAAUAUCUUCUAAAGUAAUUUUGAUACUUCUAUAUUUUCUUAAAUCAUCUAAAUACUUUUCACAUUUUUCACGCAAUUUUGUAUCAAUUUCAUCUUUUUUUAAAAGUCUGCUAAAAAGGCAAUAAAUAUCAGCCUUUUCUACAAGUAAAUUAAAAUUAUCUCCAUACAUCGAAUCAAUUUCUUCACAGAUUUCUUUACCUUCUGCAGCUAAAGUUGAUUCGUAACUAUCAAGUAAUUGUUCUUCAAAUUUUUCAAAAUGGUCCAUUUUAUUACUUGCUUAGAUUAAAUUUUGUAUUAUACCUACUAGCAAAUCUAUCUGCUAUAGGAGUUUGAUCAAUUAUCAUUUCAUCUAUUAGUUUCAUACGAUCAACAAAAUCUUGUUUAUUCCACUCAUCACCCCUCAGAGCUGCACGAAGUUCAACGAGUACUUUUUCAUAAGUAGUAAAUGCAAUUCUUGACAUUUCAAUUUUUCUCUUAUAAUUCUUUUUCUUACCAAUUCCCGUUACAAUAACUCCAGCACCAUUUACAACUCCUAGAACAACAGGGUUUAGAGUUAUUCCACCAGCAAUAGUUCCUAUUGCUACUAGACAUAUUCCAGAAAUUGAUAACACUUCAUCAACAAAAUUUGUAACUCUUAUAAGACUGCUUAAAACACCAGUAUUUAUGAUAAUGUUUGUAAAAGUCUUUGAGUGUUGUGACGUCUGAUUCUGACAGAGAUUUAUCAAUGUGAUUAAAUUCAAAGGUAUCCUUCAUUUAUUCUUUUAUUUACAUUAGUGCGACGUAGCCAAGGGAGGGGGUCAUAGGGGGAACCGUAGGUUCCCCUAUACUAUAUAAGAUCCACUUAACUUUUCCUGAAUCAAUACUUUGUGGAAUUGAGUAGAGUCGGUGUCGUAAAAGUUUGGCGAAUACAUUAAUCUAAUUAACACUCCAUCUUCAAUUGUAAACUUCCAACGUUGAUUAGUAUUGUAUUGAAUGGAUGGUAUAGUUAAUGUUGAGCUGUAGUUACUUAUUGAAACUUUUGUAACAUUUGAAUGAAAAUCUUCUGCCAGCCAUAAAACAAUUAUUUUUCCAUUAAAACUACCUGGCAUGGUAAAAUCUUGAGUUGUUUUAUUAACAGUUAAAAUUACUUUAUUGUUUGAUUUAUCAUAAUUUAAUUUUACUAAAAUAUUAUUGUUUGUUGAUAAAUAUUUAGUUAGGGUAAAAUUCCUAUUUCUCCAAAAACUAAAAACAAUACAUAAAGUAUCUAUCGGGGAAUAUGAAGGAGAAAAAGUAACAUCAUAACCAUUAACAUUUAAUCCUUUUUCUACUAUUUCACUUAGGUCUUUAUUAGGCGGUAGUGUAAUACUAGGAAUUAAAGAAUUAAUAAUAACUCCAGAUGAACCUAUAUUUAUUCCGUAACUAUCCGCAUCAGCAAAGUUAUAGAAUUCACUAAAAUAUUUUCUAUAAAAAGAAUUUUUGGUAAAAGGAAUUAACUCUUUUAUCAUUCCAACUGUUGCAGCACUAUUGUUACUGUUUCUAUCGAGAUUAAUGUUUAAUAUUUUUUUAUUGUUUGCAUUAAUAUCAACAUUAUACGCCACUUCUGUUGGUUUAAUAUCAAAUGCGGUGUGAUAGUCGUAAACUUUAUCUGGGUCGAUAUUGCUAAAUGUACCCACAAUACCAUAAGCAAUCAUGUAAACCCCCUGAAAAAUGUCCGGAUAUUUCAUAAUGUUAUAUCCUCUUUUUGAAAUAUUAACAAGAAUGUGAAGAAAGAACUUAUUACCAGAUGACAACUUCCGGAAAUUAACUAUUAUUCUAUGGUAGUACAUAACUUUUGUUUGCCCUUUUGGAUCAGUAUACCUAUGGGAUAGUUUUCUUAUACCUACAUUUCCAAUUGAUAAUCCUGUUGAAGUUCCUUUGUCAACACUUAUUUGAGUCUUAUCCCAAAGAGUAUAAUCUGUGUUGAGUAUUUCCAAACACAACGUGUAAUCAGUAUUUGCAGGUAGUCUGUAAAAAUUAAUUCCCAUCUUAUACCUAUAUUGACCUUGGCGAUUUUUUAAUAUAUACAUGAAAAUAACUUUGUGAUUAUAAUCGUGAAAGUUGCCUUUGUUUGGUGGUAAGUCAUCUAUCCUAUUUAUAACAAAACUAACUCCUCCAUCUACUUCAUCAGUCCAUUGAGCCGCACUUGACAUGAGAUAAGCAAACUGAUCCUUGUAAUGACUUGGUUGAACUGCUGUACUAUGAACUAGUUUAUCAACAUAAUCUUUGGUUACCGCAUCACUGUUGUGGAGUGGUUUACCAAUAUUUAUUAUUUUAUUACCACCAGCAUUAAGUUCUCCAGUCAUAGCGAUGGAACCAUCUUUUUCCGAGUAAUCACUUAAAUCUGGGGCAGCUGUGUUAUCAUCAACAUACUUUUUGGUUGCGGCAUCUGUAUUUGAUGUUGGAGUUGCGAGACCAACUAUUUUAUUAUUACCAACAUUAAGGUUACCAGUCAUAGUUACGGUACCAUCUUUUUUCAAAUAAUUACUUAAAUCUGGACUUCCAGCAUUAUCAUCAACAUACUUUUUGGUUGCAGCAUCUGUGUUUGACACUGGAGUUGCGAGACCAACUAUUUUAUUAUUUCCAAGAUUAAGGUUACCAGUCAUAGUGACGGUACCAUCUUUUUCCAAGUAAUCACUUAAAUCUGGGGCAGCUGUGUUAUCAUCCACAUAUUUUUUGGUUGCAGCAUCUGUAUUUGAUGAUGGAGUAGCGAGACCAACUAUUUUUUUGUUUCCAAGAUUUAGGUUACUAGUCAUUGAUACACUUCCGUCCUUUUUUAUAAAAGAAUUAGUAUCAGGUAUUAAGUCAUCCACAUACUUUUUAGUUGCAGCAUCUGUGUCAUUUGCUGGUUGUUUUAAAUGAAUUAUACCUUUAUUAUCCAUGUUUAGAUUAUUAGUCAUUUUAUUUGUUCCAUCAACGUGGAGAUACUUCAAUUCUGUGAAAGCUAAUGGUGUUGGUUGUUUGGGACCCGCUGGAGCUGGCAGAUUUAAUAUUCGAUUAUUGCCCAUAUCUAGAUUUCCAAUCAUUUUUCUUGUUUCAUCUAGUUUUAAAAAGACACUACCAUCAGCUGGUCCACUGGAAUUAUCAUCAACAUAUUUUUUUGUAGCAGCAUCAGUAUUAGCACUAGGUGCACCAACAUUUCUUAGUUUUUUAUUUAUCAUAUCAUAAUUCCCACUUGAAGUAAGAUUAAAUCCAACUCCUGGAGCACCUUGAAUUCCCCUAGCAAAGGGAUGAUCAAGAGAUUGUUCGUUAAAUAUACCCAUUUUAAUUAUUAGUUUAUAUUACCAGUAAAGUUUUUUGCAAUACGUUUUCUUGGUUUAUCAACGUAUAAAAAUGAAUACGGUUUUUUAGUUGCUGCUUUAUAAUCUUCUUUAUUAACUCCCAACUCAGAUGAUAUUCUGUUGGAUUCCCUCGGUGAUGGAAAUUCAUACAGGCAGUAAUGAGAACAAUUCAGCUGAAUGUCCUUUGGAGUUUUAUAAAACGAUUGACUGAGGUACACCACCGAACAAUUCUUAUGUCGUCCUUGAAUAAAAUAAUCUAUUAACUGUUUCUGGUUUUUAUCGCAAACAUAGUCAUCGAAUAUCACCAGUUUUUGAUUGUCUUCAUAAUCCAUUUCUGAUACUGGGGUUAUUUCAUUAUUACUUACAUGAAGUAUUUCAUAUCCCAGUUUACUACUCAACUCCCUCAUUUUCUGAAUUAGCUUUUGAUACUUAUCCUGUUCUAGAUUACGCGCGUAAAGAUAAAUCUCAUCAUAAUACAAUAGUGGUUUAAUUAACAUAUGAUAUAAUAGAUUAGUCUUACCGCAUCCACUGUUUCCACAGAUUAACAUCCGAAAUGUCUCUGAUGGCAUGUAAGGAAAUAACUGUUUAUAUUUUUUAUCUAGGUUGUUACUACUAUCAUAGUUUGGUAUUUCCAUUUAUCUAAUGAUUAAAUAAAAUGGAUGUUGAAGAAUACAAAAAACUUGCAAGAAAUAAGAUUGAAGCUGAUGCUUUGACUCGACAGGUAAGAGAUGUAAUAAAAAUAACAAAAUAGGAAAAACAAAAUAUGAGAGAGGGUUUUAAAGAAACAUUUAAACCACUUAUUAAAUCUCAAGAUAGCAUUAAAAAAAGUAUUGAUGAGCAGCAAAACGCAACUAUAGCACAACUUAAAAAAAAACAACUUGCUCUUACUCAAGGUUUUGAACAGUUUAACCGAUUAGCUGAUAUGAGGGAAUUACCAUAUCCCAACGAAGAAGGUUGGGAUAGAGAUUGGUUACCAGAACCUACAAUAUCUAAACCAAGAUCACCUACACGUUAUAACAUUGAAAAAAAUCUUGACGUUGCUGAUUUAGAAGUAUUAAGAAUUAUGGAUUAUCCAAGACCAAAUGAUUUUUUUGAUACUAACCCUGAAAGACUUAGAGAAAUACAUGAUGAAGUAAAAAAUGAUGUAAAAGUUUUUACAGGAGAAAUAGCUGGUUUGAAGAGAAAAAAACAUAAAACAGAAGAAGACGAAGAAGAAAUAGAAAGGAUUAAAAUGCAAAAAGAUUUACUACAUAAAUACAAAAACAUUCUUAAACUUUAUUUAGAUUCGCUUGAGUAUCAAAUGGGAGAAGGAAUGAUUUACUUUAACAACCCGCAUCAACUUCUAGACAGACUUGAAUUACUCGGUGGUUCAAUUCUUGCUGGGAAUAAUGGUGUAAUACCUGAGUUUUCUCAAAUAGUACAUCUUCUCAACCAAAUGAAAGUGAUCUAAAAAAAAAACAACUAAAUAAUCUACUAAAAAGUUAUAUAGCAAUUAUAUAAAAUGGAAGAACGAGCUAUCCACAUUUCCUCAAUAAAUAGGGAAAAAAGAGGAGUAAGCAGACCUGGUGAUUUUACUAUUAAGUUUAAUCCAUCUUUGAAACUUGACCCUGAUAAGAAACACCAACUUGCUCUUGAUCGACUAUCCAUGACUUACUCUUGGUACAACAUUAUAAGUGAUUAUAAAAACAAUACAAUCAAAUACACCCACGAUGGAUCCACCUGGCAAACAAUUACUUUUACAGAUGGAAUGUAUUCCUACUCAGAUAUUAAUGAUUAUAUUCAUCAAUACAUGGAUCAAAAAAAUCAUCACUCAACAGAUUCAAGAGGAAAAAAGGAGUAUUCAAUCAAUCUAACUUUUAUUCUCUCCACAUAUCGAAUUUUACUUUCAGUUAGUAAUAACCAUCAACUUGAUCUGAGAGGAACAGAAUUUGGAGGCCUAAUUGGAUUUGAAAAAAAAAUUGUUACUAAAACAGAGUAUGGAACAAAACUACCAAAUAUCACAAAUUCGAUUGAUGUAUUAAAUAUCAACACAACCGUAAUAACUGAUAGCAUUGUAAAUGGAAUAAACACAAAUACCAUUGCUGUGGUACCAACAGACAAUCUCACAAGAUCUUAUCCAUUUACGUUUGAGCCUAAAAGACCUUUGUAUUGUCCUGUAUCUAGAUACCACAUUGAUGAAAUGAGAAUCUAUGUGACAGACUCACUCGGAAGACCAGUAAAUUUUAACGGUAUAGAUUGGUUUAUGACUUUGAUACUCCACUCAAUGUAAGCGGGGGCACCUACGGUUCCCCCUGCACCCCCCUCCCUUUAUAAGAAUGAAGUUAAUUUUGGAACACCCCUUCCCUUUUUUGUAUAACUAUUAAAUUAAAAUGAUGAGACAAUCAGAGUUUAAAAUGAAACUUGACCCUGAAUUGGGUAGAUAUACAAGACGACAUAUUUAUGGUGAAGGAAUGAUGGAUGUGUUUAAAUCGGUUGGUAAAAAAAUAUUUGGAAAGACAAUGAAAAAAGCUGCUAAAAAAGGUGCUCAAAGAGCGGUAACAGCAGCUGCAACAAAAACUGGUGAACAUGUUGGUAAAAAGGCUGGUGAUAAGAUAGUGCAAAUGUUAUCCAAAAGUAAUAAUAAACCAAAAGUUACUUUUAAUAAAAAUGUUGAAACAAUUCCAAACAAAACAAUGACUCAACAAGAGAUAAAUAAAAGAGUGAAUGCAAUUCUUAGUGGAGGUUCAACACGUAAGAGAAAAUUAUAUAAUUAUUAAAAUAAAAUGAAGUCUUUUAGAAAUCCAAAAUAUUUAGAAAGAUAUGAAGAUGUUGUUUUUGACCUUGAACAAGCUUUAGCCGCACCUGGAAAUGGUGCUCAUCAAAUUAAAACAGGUCAUAGAUUUGUUGCUGAUAACACAGGNAUAAAAAUGUUGAAACAAUUCCAAACAAAACAAUGACUCAACAAGAGAUAAAUAAAAGAGUGAAUGCAAUUCUUAGUGGAGGUUCAACACGUAAGAGAAAAUUAUAUAAUUAUUAAAAUAAAAUGAAGUCUUUUAGAAAUCCAAAAUAUUUAGAAAGAUAUGAAGAUGUUGUUUUUGACCUUGAACAAGCUUUAGCCGCACCUGGAAAUGGUGCUCAUCAAAUUAAAACAGGUCAUAGAUUUGUUGCUGAUAACACAGGAGAAUCUACUCCUUUUGAUUGGUAUAACGCGCGAAUUUCAGCAGAUUUCAAAGUUAAUCAGCUGGCUGCUGGAGCUGAUAUAGAUGCAGAUGGAGAUCAAAUAGGAAUAGUAAAUGGCAGUAGUUCUCUCAUAGAAAAGUUAUCCAUCCUAGCAAAUGGUAGAGAUGUUUACAGUUGCAACUAUGCUAAUCAUGUAGUAAAUAUUAAGAAUUUACUUGAGUAUAAUCCAUCUUAUGUUGAGAGUGUUGCCACAAAUGAAUUUUACUAUCUUGAUACAUCAAGAAAUGCUGAAAGAAAUAGAUUCACAAAAAGGCAAGUAACUCACAGACGAAAUGCAGCUAAUAACGCUGAUGAAGCAGGAUUGAUGAUAGAUGAUGUUGAAGCUAAUUAUAACAAAGGUUUUGCAAUAAGAAAAGCACUAUUAGGCGACUCAGCAACAGUACGAUGUGAAAUUCCUCUUAACAGAUAUUCUUUCUUUGAAUCAUUACAGGAGAAACUUCUUCCAAAUACAAAAAUUGAGCUGAAUAUAGAACUAGAAUCGGAUAACAAUCUUAUCUGGCGAGCUGGAGGAAACAAUUGUAGAGUUAUACUAACAAGAUUUCAACUAUUUGUUCCAAGAUUAACAUUUAACUCAGAAGGACAAAAACUAUACAUGGAAAAUUAUCUUAAGCCCUACAAAUGGGUGUACCUCAAUGAACAGGUUGAGCGGUCAAAUAACUCUCAACAGCAAACAGGUCAUUUUAGAAUUACAAAUGCCAUCUCAAAACCUCGCCAUGUCUUUGUUUUUGGAAUUAACACAGCUAAUAUUGAUUCACAAACAGCAAAUCCAUUUUUAUACAAUACUUUUAAUCUGCCAAACAAUGCCAAUAUAUCUCGCUGUUAUCUCGAGGUUGGAAAUGGAAAUGAGUACCCUGACAUUCACUUUAAACCAGCUAAAGAUCCAGCAAGAGUUUUGAGAGAAGUAAUGGGUUAUGUUUACGCAAAUAACGACUUUCAAGGUGGAACACUACUUAAUAGAACAAAUUUUGGGUCUUUGUUCCCGUUUGUUUACUUUGACUUGACAAAACAAAAAUUGGAUAUAAAAGAUGGAGUUACAAAAUUAUCGUUUCAUUAUGAAUUAUCUGCUAAUCCAAACGCUGAUUAUAAUAGCUACGCUUUAAUACUUCAC